UCUGAGGCAACCAUUUCUUUAGCUUGUAGAAGAGACACAGACGCUCGUGCGCAUUUCCAACCGUCCAUUCGUGGGUUUAUGGCAAAAACGGCCGCUUUUCUUUCUUCCCCUUGUGUCCCCACUACUCUUUAAAAAUUCCGCCGAAAAAGAGGAGACGAUUUUCCAGAAGCUUCAGGCCGUUAUUUCACGGCUCCCCUCUUUCUUUACAAGUGUAUAAGCGCUACCCAGAAGGCUUAGGGAAGGCACUCUACCGCGAGCAAUUCGACUUCAACGCGGAGCCGCCUUGGGAUCCUAGCUGAUAGCGGGAGAAAUCCAUCUCCCAGCUUGUCUAUUUUGUUGCAUAUUAACAGGACCCAAAGGCUUAGUACACUCUCUAUGAUUGUCGGAUCUGCGGACUACGGUUGAGAUGAAAGGAUUUACUGAUGAACUGAACUACAUUGUUGAACUGCUUGAGGGAGCAACAACCCUCGAAGAUGUCAUUGACAACCACAUUUUUGAACAAGCUUUGGCUGAAAAAAAUGCAUUUGUUGUGGCUGACCUUGGCGCAUUACUGCAGCAGCAUGUUCUCUGGCAGAGCACCCUACCCCUAGUUCGACCAUUCUACCCUGUCAAAUGUAACAGCAGCCCUGCAGUCAUCGAGAUUCUGGCUGCACUUGGAGUUGGUUUUGUGUGUGCAAAUAAGGCUGAAGUCUCAAUGGUACUCAACCAUGAUGUCUCCCCCGAGAACAUAAUCCUGUCUGGUGUUUGCAAACAACAGUCACACAUCAAACAUGCUGCCAAAAACGGCGUUAACUACCUGGUGUGCGAUAACGAGGCUGAGCUCGGAAAAAUCUCCCGUGCUCACCCAAAUGCCAAGCUGCUUUUGCAGUUAUGCACCGAGGCUCAGACAGAGGAGGCAAGCAUGGUGUUUGGAUGCUCGCUGAAGAGUUGUAGGCAUCUUUUAGAAGCUGCCAAAGAGCUAAGCGUGGAUGUGGUUGGAGUCGUGUUCCAGGUACCAGCAUCAUGCAAAGACCCUCAAGUGUAUGCCCAUGCUCUGUCUGAUGCCCGCUGUGUGUUUGAUAUGGGGGAGGAGCUUGGGUUUAAUAUGGAGAUUUUGGAUAUUGGGAGUGGAUUCAGUGGCUCUGAGUAUCAGUUGAAACAGACCCAUGCUGCUAUUAGACCUUUGCUAGAGGCCUAUUUUCCUGUUAUGUCUGGAGUGCGAGUGGUUGCUGAGCCAGGAAUCUUUUACGUGUCUUCCUCUUUCACCCUGGUUGUAAAUGUCCUUGGCAAGAAACUGGUAGCAAAAGAUCUCCAUGGUGAGUCUAAAGAGCUGACUCCAAGCGCCGAACCGGAAUUUUUGUACUAUUUGAGCGAUGGUGUGUUCGGAUCUUUCGUUGGCAAACUGUUGGGAAACAUCAUUCCAUCCCCCAUAGUUCACAAGAUGUCCCUCUUGGCAGACGAGCCGGUGUUCUCCAGUAGUCUGUGGGGGCCGUCAUGUGACGCUUUGGACCAGGUGGUAGAGCACUGCUUUCUUCCUGAGCUCUCAGUGGGAGACUGGCUUAUCUUUAAAAACAUGGGGGCCAGUGGUCAUGAGGAGACGGCGGUCAUCAGUGACUCAGAAAAACCACCUAUGUAUUAUACCAUUUCUGAAAGCUCCUGUUUUGAGAUUCAGGAGGCUGGAAUCUCACUAGACAACACCAUGAAGAACUUUUCAUUGGUCCCGUAUGGCUUGUAGAAAACCCUGGCUCCAACCCCUGACCUGGGCAUUUGAAUGGCCUCUGCAGCGAUAAACCAUCAGCCAAAAACAGAACAGUUAAUGCUUAGCUACUAAGGAAAUGUGACGACCAGUGGCAUUUGGGAUCACAAAAUAAUUGUUCUUGUCUUAGGUUCUCACAAUUUAUCGGUCAGACAAACAGAAGAGUCAAAAAGCCUCAUAUUUAGUAAUAACAUAUGCAACAAAAUGGACGACUGUGGAGAUGGAAUUCUGUCUUUUAAGUUUGUUUAUCAAAAAAAUCGUUUACAUAAGUGUUUAAUUAAUUUAAUUAUUUACUGAUUACCUGCUGACAGUCUUGUAAAUGAGUUGUCUGUUGCACCAUUAUGCACUUGUGUAUAUUAAAAUCAAAUGUGAUUUUAAUGAGUUAUUUUAGAGGAUAGAAUCAAGUGUGCUGCAGCCCUGUGUGUAGAUCAACACAGUGACAUUUAGAUAUUAAUUUGUCGUAUUAGUGCGUACCCCUCACUGUUAAAUAUGAGUUUAUAGAACUGUGGAGUACGACUAAACUCAUUUUGUUCUAUUUCCAAUACAAUGCUUGUGGCACUAAUUCCAAGUAUUGGUGUGUAUUUCGAGCUGUUCCUUGGUUGUGUGCCAUGAUCAAGUUUGUGACUUCUUCAGAAGACUCAUAGUGAGAACGGUAUUGUUAGGCACCUGCCCUUUUGUGUAAAUACCAUAGAUAUAUGUACGUUUUACAUUAAAGGAACUUCUGUGACUGGGAAGGUGAUCUCAAGCAAGAUUACUUAAACCUAUGCUCCACGUACUGGCAAAAAUUUCUAUACAUUGAUGCGUUUUAUUAUAAAUAACUAUUUAAGAUUUGGUCAUGUCCUUACAUUGCAUUUGGUACCAAAAUCAAUCAUUUAUUCAAUUAAAAACAUCAUUGUGACUUCA